GAGGACCGGUCGUCGGCGUCCCGGGCGCUGGUUGGCUCGGAGGCGGUGGGCGGGCCUGACUCCGAGAGCCAGCGGGGUGCGCUUGUCCGGGUUGCUUUUGCUCUGGGAUUUCUUUCUUUCUUUUUCUUUUCUUUUCUUUCUUUUUUUGGCCAUGGGGCAGCAGGAUGUGAGGCGGCUCCUGUCGAGGUUUAGUUCACUCCGAAGAACCAGUAUCAUUCUGCAACAUUUGAGAAUGUCCAAGCACACAGACGCGGCAGACGUGCUUCUGGAAAGGAGAGGUUGUGCAGGUGUGAUAACGCUGAACAGACCCAAGCUCCUCAACGCGCUGUCCCUGGGGAUGAUCCGGCAGAUUUACCCACAGCUAAAGAAGUGGGAACAGGAUCCUGAAACAUUCCUGAUCAUUAUCAAAGGAGCUGGAGGAAAAGCUUUUUGUGCUGGGGGUGAUAUCAAAGUGAUCUCUGAAGCUAUAAAGACAAAAGAGAAGUUGACUCAAGAUUUCUUCAGAGAAGAAUAUAUGAUGAACAGUGCCAUUGGUUCUUGCCAGAAACCAUAUGUUGCCCUUAUUGAUGGAAUUACAAUGGGUGGGGGAGUUGGUGUCUCAGUUCAUGGGAAAUUUCGUGUGGCUACUGAAAAGUCUCUUUUUGCAAUGCCAGAAACAGGAAUAGGACUAUUCCCUGAUGUGGGUGGAGGAUAUUUCUUGCCAAGACUUCAAGGAAAACUGGGCUACUUGCUUGCAUUGACAGGAUUCAGGCUGAAAGGAAGAGAUGUGUACAGAGCAGGAAUUGCUACACACUUUGUGGAUUCCACUAAGUUAAGCAUGUUAGAAGAAGAUCUGAUAGCUUUGAAAUCUCCUUCAGAAGAAAAUAUUGCAGGCAUCCUAGAAACCUACCAUGCAGAGUCCAAGAUCGAUAUAGACAAGCCUUUUAUACUUGAAGAACACAUGGACAAAAUAAACAGGUGCUUUUCAGCCAACACCGUAGAACAGAUUAUUGAAAACUUAAGGCAAGAUGGUUCACCAUUUGCCCUGGAGCAGUUGAAGGUAAUUAAUAAAAUGUCUCCAACAUCCCUAAAGAUUACACUAAGGCAACUGAAGGAGGGCUCUUCAAAGACUUUGCAGGAAGUACUGACAAUGGAAUAUCGACUAAGUCAAGCAUGUAUGGAAGGGCAUGACUUCCAUGAAGGCGUUAGAGCCGUUUUAAUUGAUAAAGACCAGAAUCCAAAGUGGAAACCAGCUAACCUCGCGGAAGUAACUGAUGAAGAUUUGAACCGCUACUUUAAGUCUCUGGGAAGCAAUGAUUUGAAAUUCUGAGGUUUAUUUUCGAGCAGGGGUAAGGCGUGCAUCAGCACGAAGGCCAGAUCUGGCUUGGUGCCUGUUUCGAUGCAGCCGACAGGCCAGGAAUGCUUUCUCCACUUUUAAAUGGUUGGGAAGAGAAAUCAAAACCAGGACUUCACGAAGUUCAAAUGUCAAGCAUGUUUGAAGUGUAACUGAGCUCAUGUUUAUUUCUCACCUAUGGCUGCUUCAAGUAGGUAUGGCCCAGACUGCUGGGCCUAUAAUGCAACAAAUAUUAACUGUGAUGUCUAUCUGAAAAAGUCGGCCAUUCUCUGUUUCAUGAGAUGAGAAAACUCAGAAGUCUCUAGAGAUUAAUGAGUAGUUACCAUAUCUAUCUAAUGGGGUUUUGGGCUUUCAGUAAUAAUUUCCUAUAUAGAAUAGACAAACUUAUGUAUACAUGAUCAAAAGUAUGAAAAAAAUACCGAAAUUUAGAAGGAAGGGUUACUAUAUUACUACAUAAUGAUUAUGUUUUAGAAUAGCUGAAUAACUGGAAAGAUUUAGAGUAAGGAUUGUUCACUCAGCCUUCUUAAAGUAACCAAAAUGCUUUUCCCUUGGUGAGAAGGAAAACACUGUUCUUGUCACUUGCAGUGCUGUUAAUAUAGCAGGAUGAAGUACGAGGCUCCAGUCACUGAGCUAUACACACGCUGCUUUUUGUACAUUACAUUAAACCUUUGUGUGAUCAGGAAAAAAGUUUUAAAUAUAAAAUCUCCAGAAACUGGGACUGUUGACAGGAUGUAUUCAAGGCUUUUCAACAAACUGCAAGGAAUCCAGUCAGAGUGAUUUUAUAUUAAAGGUCAGCUGGUUACUUA